GUGAAAUUAAACCAGGUGGCCAGGUCAGUUCGACCGCAAAUUACGAAUGAACGAAAUCCUAGAUCGUGACAAGGUCCACCUUGUUUCUAAAUCUUUAGUAAAAUGGCUACUUCGAUGAUAGUAGCAGGUUUAAGCAUAGCUGCUGUAGGUUAUGCUGGACGUUAUGUGCUUAGAAAAAUGCCAGUUUUAUCACAAACCAUGGCUGAAGCUAUGAAAAAUAUGCCCAAAUUGAAUUCUCAAGCAUUAGCAAACAGCAGAUAUUAUAAAGGCGGUUUUGAAUCAAAGAUGACCAAACGAGAAGCUAGUUUGAUAUUAGGAGUUCCAACGACUGCAAGUAAAGCAAAAGUUAAAGAAAAUUUUAAAAAAAUAAUGUCCGUUAAUCAUCCUGAUCGUGGUGGUUCUCCUUAUAUUGCAGCAAAGAUCAAUGAGGCUAAAGAUUUAUUAGAGAAAUAAUUUUUAAUAUAAUUUUGUAAAUUAUAUUAGCAAAAUUUUCUUUUGAAAAAAAAAAAAAAAAAGAAAAAAAACCAAGACAAAAUUUCAGCGUGUAUAUAUUACUUGUAGAAAUAUAAACUAUGUAUUACAAAUAAUUUAAUGUCUAUUAAAUAAAUUCUUCAUAUUGUACAUUCAUAGCGAGGUUACAUUA